CCAUAAUACCGGUACCCACGCAUCGAAUAGUGUUCUCCUAAAAAUUGCACUUACGUUCAUACUGUGGAUUUCAAUUUAAACGCAGAAAUUCCAGACUCUAUACGCACCGAGGAAUCAAGGAGUCGACAACGUCCAGUCAACAGUGUUUUGGUGUUCUGCAUUGUACAAUCCAUCCACCGCCAUCGCCGGAAAAUGGGCAAAGGGGUUACAUUUGAGAUUGUUUUGAACAGAAAGAACAGGAUUUAUCAUCCCGGGGAGGUCGUUUCUGGGGAGUGCGUCGUGUAUUCGAAAGAGAGUUUAAAGUUUCGCAGUGUCCAUGUCGAGUUCCACGGAGAAGCGCGUACAAAUUGGGAUGAAAUUGAGAACUACACAACCACGCACAAAAAUGAGGAGGUUUAUUUCAACAAAAAGACAUCCUUAUUGGCAAAUGGAGAUAAGAAAGGGGCAGUCAGCGUUCUAUCGGCAGGUAGGCAUGCGCUAGAAUUUUCCUUCAAAAUACCACCAUUCAGUCUCCCAUCGUCCUUUGAGAGCACACAUGGUCACGUGAGGUACUAUUUGCGUGCGCGAAUCAGUCGUCCUUGGCGCUUUGACGAGGUUAUCAAGCUACAAGUCCACGUGAUCGACUUGAUAGAUGUCAACUCUCCCAGACUUCUCAUGCCUGUAUUUGGCGAGGCUCAGAAAGCCUUGAACUGCCUGUGUAACGGUACAGCGGCGCCUCUCCACGCGCUCGUGUACACGGAUCGGUCCGCUUACUGUCCUGGCGAGCGACUGACCCUAACCACCGAGAUACGUAAUCUUCCUCUGAGAGAGCCUUACGAGACGAGCGUGUACUUGGUGCAGGGCAUCACUUACAAGUCUAGCUGUGGAAGGACGAGAAGCGUCAAUAAACAGGUCAAAGUUCUUCAGCGCUCUUCGAUGUCGCUUGAGUUGGACGAGUUUGAAGUCCCGGAUGUCGUUCCGACCAUGAGGAAUUGUGGGAUAGUAUCUAUAUGCUACCACCUCAAGGUUAUCGUCGCCGUUGCCCAUGGUCACGGUUCCGGUGUCAAUCUUGAGGUGGAGCUUCCUAUCACUAUAGCAACCAUACCGCUUAGAAAGUCCUGCGGGCUCAUCAAUAAGUUAGUCCCAUAUUCUCGACUGACUCAAAAGUCUAAGUUUUCCAUGAAGACUUUCGUCGGUAUAAAGCACGGUAAGGAGGUUACACAGGAAUAUUCUUUUUUUUUAAUGACAUCGUGAAGUUGUCAUCACUGU